AUGUUCGAAUACGUCGAGUUCCCGGUGCUGCCCAUAGUCAAGGUGCAUCUCAUCAUCAACUCCGUUCUUGCCUUGUUGACGGUCGUGGUCGUGGGCCUGCGUCUCGCCUCUCGCUUUAUCUCCGGCGCCGGACUCUGGUGGGAUGACUACCUCAUCAUCUUCGCCUUGCCUCAGGGCCUCGGCAUGCUCAUUAUCCAGGGGUUGUGGUCGCCCAUGGGAAUCGGCUUCAACAUCACCGAAACGAUGCCCAAUCUAGAAAACAUCCUCAAGAUGCUCGUCGCAUACGAGCUCAUAUAUGCGACCUCUAUCAGCACCAUCAAGCUUAGCAUCUUGCUCUUCUAUCUCCGUGUCUUUGUCAACCGCGGCUUGCGUAUGGCCACCGUAGCCGCUCUGAUCUUCGUCUCGGUGUGGAGUAUUGGCAACUUCCUCCAGGUCUUCCUCAUCUGCCGCCCCUUCGCCAAGACAUACACGCCUCUGAUGGAGGGCGAAUGCGGCGACCAAGUGGCCUCGUUCAUCGCCAUCGGCUCCUUCAACAUCAUCACCGACGUGAUCAUCCUGACGCUCCCGCUGCCGACGGUCUGGGCGCUCAAGAUGUCCACCCCCGCGAAGCUUGGUCUGACGGGCGUGUUCCUCGUUGGUCUCGUCGUCAGCGUUAUCGGCAUCAUCCGCAUCGUCACCCUAACGCAGCUCGAUCUGAUGAACCUCACGGGGACCAUGAUCUGGGCCGACUUCUGGUCUGCUACUGAGCCCAACCUGGCCAUCCUGUGCGUCAGUCUACCCAUGAUGGGCUCGCUCUGGUCCCGGUGCGUUGCGACACGCCGGGGAAACUCCAAGCUAGCAUACCACUCUUCCGAGAGCGGCACCCACGGCAGCGCCUUCAGCAAGCUCAAGAACCAGAGCGCCACCGACACGCAGAUUCCGCUCGAGGGCCUCUACGCCGCGAACCAGACGGUACAAUACCGGUCGGCCGUUGCCGCCACGGACGGCCCCAGGCCAGACCAUGACGUGGAAGCAGGGAACUUUGCCGACAAGGACAAGGACAGCGGCUCCGAGGUGGCCCUGACGGAGCAGCCCCCCUAUCGGACGGACCCACAAACGGGCAUCAGGGUGCAGACGAAGUGGUCCAUCUCACACGACUAA